GUUGACAUGGAGGAUGAAGAUGGGACUUGUCUACUUGAUGUUUUGUGUGACCCCCAAGCCCUGAACGACUUCCUUUAUGGGACCAAUGAGCUGCAGACUGAAGACCUGCUCAUUAACUCCUCCUCUGGGGGGGGUUCACUCUUCACAGACGCCCCGAGCCCCGGCUCUCUGCUUGGAGACGGCAGCGACCCCCCGGACUCGCCCCCCCCCGGCUGUGUGGAUCUGUCCUUCCUGGAGGAGGCGCUCCUGUCCUCUCCGGAGGGUGAGGAGGACCCCGAGGAGGAGCUGCGGGGGACGACACCUGUGCAGACUGGAUAUGAGGGGAAGAAGGGGGGGGUGCAGUGUGACAUCCUGCAGCAGAGCCUCCAGGAGGCCCAGAUCACGGAGCAGACCAUGGCUCUGGAUCCCGGGGGGGAUAACCUGUCGCUGUACUCGCCCCCCUUCAUACCCAGGGACACCCAGGCAGCGGUGGACCCCCCCCAGCCUUCCCUGCUGGCCGUGGGGCCCGGCUGCCCCUCCCUGAAGCCGGCCGCCCAGCUGAUGGGGCUCCUGCCUGGGAAC